AUGGCCCCUGGACGGCGCGCGGUCGGCCCGCUGCUCUGGCCCCUCUGGCCUCUGCUCCUGCUGCUCGCCGCUUGCGGAGGGUCCGCGGGGAGCCCGGCGUCGGCGGCGGAACCCGCGCCGGCCCCUGCCCCGGCUCCGGAGCCCCCUCCCCCGGCGGAACCCGCCGCACCCGCCGUCUUCGGUUACCGGGUGGUCCAGGAAUUCCCGCACGACCCGCGGGCGUUCACCCAGGGGCUCUUCUUCCACGAGGGAUUCCUCUACGAGAGCACGGGACUCCGGGGGGAGUCCACCCUGCGGCGGGUGGAUCUCGAGACCGGCGCCGUGCUGGAGGAACGCCGGCUGCUUCCCCAGUUCUUCGGAGAAGGCGCGGCGCUCGCCGGAGAUUUCAUCGUCCAGCUCACCUGGGAGGCGGGCAUCGGAUUCGUCUACACCCUCGACCAGUUCCGUCUGGUGCGCGAGUUCCGCUAUUCCGGUGAGGGCUGGGGGCUGACCUUCGACGGGGAACACCUGGUGAUGAGCGACGGUUCGGAUUCGCUGCGCUUUCUGGAUCCGGACACCAUGCGCGAAGUGCGGACGCUCAAGGUGACCGCCGACGGAGAACCCCUCCCGCAACUGAACGAGCUGGAAUGGAUCGACGGAGAGAUCUGGGCCAACAUCUGGACGGAAGACCGGCUCGCCCGCAUCCAUCCCGACACCGGGGAGGUCGCCGCCUUCGUGGAUCUGGCCGGCAUCCUUCCGGGCGCGGUUCGGGUGCGGUAUCCGGAACUGGACGUCCUGAACGGCAUCGCCUGGGAUCCGGAAAGCGGCCGGGUCUUCGUCACCGGGAAGAAGUGGCCGACACUCUUCGAAAUCGAGUUGAUCGAGAAGUAA